AUGGCACAACUAUGGCAUGCCACUCUUCUACUCCUCCUUCUCUCGUUAACAGUUGUGCAUUCCCUGCACUUCAAUUUGAUCCACAAGUACUCCGUCCACUCUCCGCUCUUUCCUGGAAACCUCACCGAAGUAAACAAGGUGCAGCGCCUUUACGAGGGCGACAUGGCUCGUGCGCGGCUCCUACGGCCAUCCCUCUUUGGUGUCAACUAUAGCUUAGAACUUCUCCGCCCCAAUCUCAAAGCCGAGCGAUACAACUACCUGAUAGAGGUCUUCAUCGGCACGCCGGCAAGGAGAAAAUAUUACUUAGUGUUCGACACCGCUAGCGCCGUCGUAUGGCUGCAAUGCAAGCCAUGCAUCCACUGUUGGAAACAAGACACGAAAAUCUUCCAUCCUGCCAAAGAGUCGAGCUCUUUCGAACCCAUAUCAUGUAAUCAUACAUUGUGCGAUCUGACCGAACCGGGGUGGAAAUGCGUCAAAGGCAAGUGCCACUACACUCUCGAAUAUGGCGAGGGCUCUUCGUCGAGGGGCAUCCUUGCCUCUGAGACAUUGGGAUUCGCGUCUGAGGGGUCCGGAAAGGAGUCGGUCCGUAACUUUGUGUUCGGCUGCGCAAAUGACAACCGAGGUUUCCAACCACAUGAAAAGUUUUCUGGGAUCUUUGGCUUUAAUAUGGACCGGUGGUCACUGGCGAGCCAACUGACGGACUUGAUCGGCGGCCGAUUCUCGUAUUGCUUCUCUCCGAUCGUAGGCCACAAUCAACGGCCGAGCCGGCUAAAGUUUGGCAACGAGGCUGUGCUUAGAGGGCCUAGAGUGAAAACCAUUGACAUUGUUCGCCUGCCAGCUGAAGAAAUAUACCAAUACCCCCUCCCUCUCUCUGAUGUGAGCGUCGCUGGCCGCCGCCUUGGUUUUAAACGAGGGGACUUCGCUAUACGCAAAAGGGCUGACGGCCAUAUGGUAGGGGGAUUCAUCAUCGACUCGGGAUCGACGCAUACGGCAUUCAGCACCGGAGGCCCGUACGAGAGGAUUACUGCGGCGUUCAGGGCGUACUUCAGACCGUUUAAGCUGCAACCAUCGAAGCACAGGCUGUUUGACGUGUGUUACAGGCUGCCGCGGGAGGGGUUUAAGGGGCAACUGCCGAGCAUGACACUCCACUUUGGCGAUCAUGCCGAUUAUACGGUGCAACCCAAGUAUACAAUGGUGGAGGUUGCGAGGAAUACGCUCUGCGUCGCCAUAACAAGUUAUCCGGGCUUUAGCCUUCUUGGAUUAUAUCAUCAAUAUGAUUAUCAUUUCUCGUUUAAUGUCAAGGAGAUGUUUUUAUCCUUCGUUCCUGCAGAUUGCAGUAAAGUUGUAUGA